AUGAAGCUCACACUCAACUCUUUCGCUGCUGCGGCCCUCAGCGUCGCCGCAUUGCUGACUCGCACCAAUGCUCAGGCUGGAAAUGAGUCCACCGUGUACGACACGCGGUUCGAGAAUGUGACUUGGGACGCAACCAAUUGGGUUCUCACCACCACCAACCUCGACCAAGGCCACUACCAAUCUCGUGCAGUUGUUGCCAACGGAUAUAUUGGAAUCAACGUUGCGUCACUUGGACCCUUUUUCGAGUUUGACGUCUCGGUCGAUGGCGACAAUGUCCAAGGCUGGCCGUUGCAAAACCGGCGCCAAAGCUUCGCAACCGUAGGCGGCUUUUGGGAUUCACAGCCAACCACCAAUCGGACCAAUUUUGAAUGGCUCUAUCAGUACGGGGGCGAUUCUGUCAUCAGUGGCAUUCCUCACUGGAGUGCAAUUGUGGUGGAUCUCGGAGGCGAUGACUUCCUGGCUGCGUCCACCAACGCAUCUACCAUCAGCAACUUCGAAUCGAGCUAUGAUUUCAAGCAAGGGUUGUUGAACUGGGCAUACACAUGGUCUCCAAGUGGACAAGGUUCUUUCAACAUUUCCUAUCAGCUAUUUGCACAUAAACUCAAUGUCAACCAAGCAUUUGUCACGAUGAACAUCACUGCUGAUGAGUCGACAAACCUGACGGUUGCCAAUGUCUUGAACGGCGAUGCUGCAGUACGUUCCACCCCGGCUGAGAAAGGUGUCGAUGCAGGAAUCAUCUUCACGUCGGUCAAGCCUAAUGGCGUCAAUAAUGUCACGGCAUUUGUCUAUGCAGGGUUGAACGUCACCGGUGCAACCGUACGCAACACUCAACAAGCAACAUGGGAUCGACCGUACGUGGGCAACAAUGAGUCUUCAGUGGCCACGGGAAUCAACGUCACGUUAGCGGCUGGUCGAACGGCCACAUUCACCAAAUUUGUCGGGAUUGCUUCGUCGGAUGGAUAUAGCUCUCCAAGAGCAGUAGCGAGGGAGGCUGCUCUGAACGCCAGACAAGUCGGUUACGGUGCUUCACAUCAAACCCAUGUCGAAGAGUGGAGGAAACUUUUCCCAGAAACUUCCGUGGACGAUUAUUCAUAUCCCGAAAAUGGGACGCUUCCAGAUGAUCCGUUGAUCAUUGAAGCAUCCAUCAUGGCGGUAGUCAACCCUUACUAUCUCCUUCAAAACACUAUCUCAUCGAACGCGGAAGCUGCUGCCGGCAAUGCGACAAUCAACAGCCAUAGUAUCGCGGUUGGUGGAUUGGGAUCGGAUUCGUAUGCGGGACUGAUCUUCUGGGACGCUGAAACGUUCAUGCAGCCAGGCCUCGUCCCGACAUUUCCAUCAGUAGGGAGAUCAUUUGCAAACUACCGCGUAGAACGUUAUGGACAAGCGCAAGCCAAUAUCGACACCGCCUAUCAGUCGUCCAAGAACGAUACCAACUUCACCUCCAACGCCGCGAUAUUCCCAUGGACCAGUGGCCGUUAUGGAAAUUGUACAGCGUCUGGCCCAUGCUGGGACUACCAGUACCAUCUGAAUGGUGACAUCAGUCAAUCCUUCAGUAAUUACUGGCUGACCUCAGGGGAUACGGAGUAUUUUGGAGAUUCACUUUUCCCAAUCUACGACUCGGUUGCCCAUCUCUACUCUGAAUUGAUGGUCAGAGUUGGCGGUAGCUGGACGAUCAAGAACAUGACGGACCCAGACGAGUAUGCCAACCAUAUCGACAAUGGUGGCUUUACGCUGGCGAUCGUGUCCAACCAACUCAACUACGCGAACCAAUUCCGCUCAUACUUCAACUCCACCCCCAACGAAACCUGGACCCAGCAAGCAGAGAACAUCCUUUUCUCGACCGAUGUUGAAGCAAACAUCGUCCUCGAAUACCCGGAAAUGAACGGCAGUACAAGUGUAAAGCAAGCCGACAUCGUCCUCAUCACCUUCCCGCUCUCAUACACGGGCCAGAAUUACACGGUGGAGCGCUCGCUUUCAGACCUCGAUUACUACGCCGCAAAGCAGUCUACCGAUGGCCCUGCCAUGACCUGGGCAAUUUUCAGCAUCAUUGCGAACCAGGUCUCCCCAUCAGGCUGCUCGGCCUACACCUACCAGCAGUACUCAGCCUAUCCCUACGUGCGUGCGCCUUGGUUCCAGUUCUCCGAGCAAAUGAUCGAUAAUUGGAACGACAACGGCGGAACGCAUCCGGCAUAUCCAUUCCUGACCGGUCAUGGCGGUGCGAAUCAGGUUGUUCUGUUUGGAUAUCUCGGUCUUCGUCUCAUCCCUGGAUUCACGUUGUACGUCGACCCAUCUCUGCCCCCUCAGAUCCCACAGCUUCGCUAUCGCACCUUCCACUGGCAUGGCCACCCAAUAACAGCGUUCUCCAAUCAAACCCAUACAAUCCUGAGCCGCAAUGCAAGCGUCACGCCCGCCGAGGGCACGUCUCCCAACAGUACAUUUGCAAGGUCGCCCAUUUCAAUUGUCGUGGGCGGCCUCGGUAGCCCGAUCUCGGGGAACUACUCUUUGGCACCAAACUCGAGUGUCACGAUUCCCAACCGGCUCUACAGCCAACUACGCACGACGGCCGACAACCUCGCACAAUGUGUCCCAGCCACGAGCCCAGACGAGUUCCUACCAGGCCAAUUCCCGAUCGCAGCCGUCGACGGCGCGGCCAGCACCAAGUGGCAGCCCUCACUCGCCAACAAGACGGCCAGCGUGACGGUGAGCCUCGAGCCCGGCCUCCGGGUGCGCGGCCUCGAGUUCGACUGGGGCCAAGCCCCGCCGUACAACUACUCGGUGUACUUCCACAACGAGACGCUCGACCACCCGUCCGCGGCCUCUGUCAACGGCCGCGACGGCGUGCUCCAAGUGGUCAGCGACCGCGCCCGCAUCUCCGACCCGUACGACGCAGAAGCCAUCUUCCGCAUCGAGGCCGUCCAGGCCAACAUCACCACCUUCAACAUCUCCACCGAUGCCGCCCCGUUGCUCACCAGCCGCUUCGCUACCCUCCAGAUCUGGGGCAGUCUGGCGAAUUCAUCCACCAACGCCACGAACAUGUUCGGCGACGGCGCCACCGUUGCGGAGUUCAGCGUCAUCGUUGACGGCUUGGAUCAGGCGCGGAACGGGAAGAAAAUGAAGACGAAGAGGGGUCCUGGUGGGCAAAUGCUGGAGAGGCAAUUGCGGGACGUGGACUUGGAGUUUCUCAGGAAGUUGGGAAGGAUCAGGGGGAGAGGGAGAGGUGCUGGGACCUAA